AUGGCUGCUUCCUUCAAGUGUUCCGAAUGUCUAAAAUCUUUCUCCAGCAUAGAAUUUCUCCAAUUGAAUGAAAGGACUCAUGCAUCAACUUCCAGGAGUAAAUUUAAAUUAAAAGAGCAUGUGAGUUCUCAAGAUGAGACAAGGCUCAGUUUGAAUGGUAGAAAUGCCUAUAUAUUUCUCAGCGGGGAGAGUGUGACAACAAAUAUAAGUGACAUAAAUUAUAACAAAAACUAUUUAACCGCUAAACCUAGUGAGAGAGCUCGCUCUUGUUCCCCCACUCUACCAUCAAAUAAUACUAACAAUAUACAUCUAACAUCACCAAUCUAUACUUGUGUAGAAAAUAGCAUAAAAGAAAACACAAAUAAAAUCACAGCUCAAGCAACAACAAUGUCCAUACCUAAAACAACAACAACUAACAAGCAUACACAAGCUUUAAAUAAACCACAAGAAAUAAAUUCUAGAGCUCUAAUUAACCCUCUGGGAAGCGUAUGCUUAAGCCCUCAAAAGGUGGAAAGUUCAUUAAAGAAACAAAAGACCAACGACAAUCCCUUGUUAAAAAAUCGUUAUGCGCUCUUAAGUGAAGAUGGAAAUAACGAUCAGGUCCGUAAUGAUGGUUCUAGCCGAAAAUCAUUUAAACCACCUUCAAUAUUCCUUCGCGAACCCAGUUCGAAUGAAUUAGUGAGAACACUUAUUGAACUUACUGGUAAAAAUAAUUUCCAUAUUGUUCCCAUACGAAGAAACAAACAUCGUUAUAUACACUGA